CGCGAACUGAAUGACGGGAUUGGCUGUCCCGCCCUCCUUCCGCGGUCUCCUGGGUGCCAGAGAGAGCAAAGCGGAAGAAACGCGGAGAAAAGCGGCGGUUCCCUGCAGAGAGGGGGCUGAAGGUAGCGGUCACAACAAGCAGCACACCGGGGAGUCUGAGAAAGAGAGGGCGGGCAUGGCCAGGCCGUCGAAGACAAGUGAACGGGCUGACUAAGGCGGCAUACUGCGGACAGUCGGCCAGUAUGCGAUGGGGAACUGCUGGGCUCGGUGCUGCGGGCUCUUCAAGCGGGAGGCCUCCCGGAUUCAGAGAGGCGGCGGCGGCGGAGGAUCCAAAUACUUUAGGACUCACACAGCUGGAGAGCACUUUACAAUAGAGUUUGAAAAUCUUGUGGAGAGUGACGAGGCAGAGAGUCCAGGAAGUAGUAUAAGACCUCUUAGUGAAGAAGAAAUUGGAAACCUGAAAGAAAAAAGGUAUGAUGCAAUUGCCGACAGGCAGAAGACUGUGGAUGCUAAACUUCACGCUGAGUUAGCUGCUGAGGAAGACAAGUUAAGGAUAGAAGAGGAGGCUUAUUACGCUGCUCAGCGCGAAGCAGCAAGGGCAGCCAAACACAAACAGCUCCUGGAGCAAAGGUUCCAUAGAAUGAAACAAAGAGCACAUGCUGGUCCAAGUGGCGAUCACCUGAAAGGCUAUGUACCCGUGGAGGACUUUGAAGCCUACCUCAGGAAUGCAAAAGCACAGUCUGAAGCCUUUAGGACAAGCAGGGUGUCGUCUGAAACGAACAUCCAGACUCCGAACACUGAAAGCAGCUGUGAUUUCACGAGCAAGACCAGGUCGACUAAUGAGGAUGGCACAUCGCUGGACCUGGAGUGGGAAGACGAGGAAGGGAUGAACAGAAUGAUUCCCGUGAGGGAGCGCUCCAAGACGGAAGAAGAUAUCCUUCGUGCCGCACUAAGGCCUGGUAGCAGGCGGACGGCCAGUAAUCCGACCUCCACCUCCGAAGACUCCAAUGGCCUCGAGUGGGAGAGCGACUUCGUCGGCGCACAGAUCGAUGACAAUGGCAACUCGGAAUACGCCGGCUUUGUCAACCCCGUCCUUGAACUGUCCACCAGUGACUUGCGUAACGCGGACAGUGACCCGCAGGAUAGGUAGUGGAAGACGACGAGCCCCGUGUGUGAAACCAAAGCGUUAAGCUGAUGGAGGAGUUUGGGUGCUGCUUCUGUUGGGUUGGUGUUGGUGGGGUAGGUUGAAUUUUCAUCUCGUCCAUCUCAUUUUGCCUCUACUGUUGAACAUCACAUCGACAGGCAUACAAUGAAGUGCAAUUUGGGAGUUUCUUUUCCUGUUUGCUAAUUUAAUGCAAAUCAAAAAAAGAUCCCUUUAAUGUAUGAUUGUAAUAUAUUGCUGCUAAUCAUCAAAAAACAAAAAAGUAUAAUCUGUAACUGUUGUACUCUCCGGGUUACCUGCCACAGUUACGUUUGAGUCCCCAAAAACGCUCCUUCAAAGCAGGACGGGCCUCCUCUGCGUAGAAGACGCACUCAAAUGAAAGUGCGAAAUGGUUUUCGGUCAUACUUGGAUUUUACGGAUCACGUGCCGCAUUUCACGGAAGCAUUUUCAUUUAGUUUUUGCCCGAGAUGGUGGAUUAUUGGAAGGUUUCAGGUAGCUGCUCCUCUGCAAAAUAAACUCAUUGAAUUAACACUUGAAGAACGACGCAUAAGCUGUGAUUGGAAAGUUUAGAAGCUGCAUGGCGUCUUUUAAAAUUGUCCUUUUUAGCCAAUUGGCAGCCAGUAUUGAUGACUUAGAAGGUGCUUGAGGUGAGUUUUUGUUGUGUUUUCAUUCUCUUCUUCUUCUUUUUAAAAUAACCAGUUGUCACCUUCUUUGUCCCUGCAUUGUGACAGUGUUUCUACAUGUUUGGUGCUUCAGUUGAAGAGUUACUUACAUCACCUGCCAUGCGCCCUGGAUUUAGUAACACACGUUCCACCGAUUCACACUGACCUGGGAUCGAGGACAUAUCAGCCGGCCGGCACAGACGUGACUCACUGUUUAAAACUCCUUUCACUUUCUGACCACAGAGUUGAUCUUUUUCUAGACGUUUGCGUCGCUCCGUAAGCCGCAGGAGAUGCAUGCGGGUGUGCGCACUACAGAGAAUACGAUUUAUUCACAUGCCGUGGCACCAGACGUCGAGGGGCCGUGGUGGGCUCACACACACAGGUGACACCGUCUUUGGGUUUGCAUUGCUUCCUGUAAAUAUCUUCACCGCUCAAUCGCCAUUCACGGACAUGCCUUGAUAUCCCAUUUAGAUGAGAAUGUUAGCAACAACGCUUGUGGAGCGCUAGACUCGCCGUUUUAUUGUGUGGCCGGGUUGCGUUUAUGAAGGAGGACACUUUUAAUACGAGUGGCCUUUUUUUGUGUAUCUAAAGGGAUUUUAUUUUUUAAAUAUUUGUCAUGUCAUUUUGUUAUUACAGCUGAAUUCAGAAAAAAAAGAGAGAAAAGUUUCUUCCCAGAAUUCAAUUAUGUGUAAAUUAAGACUACUGGCUCCUUCAUUAAAUAAAAUCUCCAGCUUUGAGA